GCCCGGCAUUGCUUUUAUCCCGGUUCUCCUCCAGCCAGGGGCUGGGCGCUGUGCUGGGGUGUGCUUCAUCCUCUUCCUUGUCAGGAGUUGCUGCAGGGUCCAACUCCUUUUGGGAUCUCCUCAGGAGAAAAACAGAUCGGGGAUGGAAGCAGGGAAAGUUCAAAGCUUGGUGCUUUCCCGAGUUUUUUCUCGACUUGAUCCCACAGGAAGGAAGAGGCUUUUAGCUGAUGAGGGUUUCCUGUGCUUCUAAUUCCUCUGCCUCCAGGUUUUCUCAGGUUGUUUACCGUGGGUGGAAACUCCUGAAUUCCACCGUGCUGGACACUCCAAGUGAUAGUUUGGUCACGGAUGGCAGCAGGGUGAUAACCUUAUCGUGCACUUGUUGCUGCUCCCUGUAAAGCAGUGAAAUCCCGUGGCUGAGGGGCCUCCCCAAACUGCAGAAAAUGCUCUGGUGUCGCUGUUAUCACCUUCACAGCGCAGCAGAGUUCAGGUGGAGAGGAAACAUGGAAUUUUUUUCCCUUGUGGAAGUGGGACAAGUUGUCCCUUCACUCCCAGGGCUUCCAGGACCAGAAUGGGUGAAGCCGUUGUGGCUGGAGCUCCUCAAGAGGACUGAAAAAAGCACUUUAUGAACUUGCAAACGUUCCUAGCUGGAGAAAAGAGGAGCAGAGAUGGAUCCUGGGACAUGCAGAGCCAGAAGGCAGCCGCUUUUGGAACCAGUGCUGUCACCCUAAGGAGGAGGGACAGCUCGGAUCCCUUGGAUCCAGGCUGGAGAGGGAAAGAUGGUUACUAUAUGAAAGGCGACGGUGUCUAUUGCCAGAAGUGCCCUGCAGGCACCUACAUUGCAGAGGAGUGUAAAGAGCAGAACGGCUCUGGCAGGUGCGAGCCCUGUGCAUAUGGGGAGUACAUGGAAUAUCCAAACGCCUUCCAGUGGUGCCGGGACUGCCUGAAGUGCAGGGAAGAUCAGGUGGAGCGGAGCCCCUGCCAGCCCGUCAGGAACACGGUGUGUGCCUGCAGGAACGGCACCUUCUGCCCCCCGGACCACCCCUGCGAGAUGUGCCAGAAGUGCCGGCCCAGGUGUCCCGAGGGUCAGGAGGUGCUGAAACCCUGCACACCUGACAGUGACCUGCAGUGCGGCCCUGCCACCAACACCGGCCCCCUCUACCUCUGGGUCAUCGCGGCGGUCGGAGUUCUCACCCUGCUUGUGAUUGUGUUCUGCCUCUGGAAACACCACUGCAGCUCCCCAGGGGAUGGGAGACCCUCGAGCAGGAGGCCCUAUGAAAUGGUGAGCUCCAUGUUUCAGAAGCUGUCGUCGUACAGGAGGGUGAACGUGGGGGCAGAGGACAACGCCGCCAACGAGCGCAUACGGAGCCAGCAGCGUCACACGGCCACAGAGACGCCGGAGACGCCGAGUGGAAGCACCAAGAAGAGUCUGGUUCCAGCGCCAGGGCACGACCCCAUCCAAGUGCUGCGGCGCUCCUUUUAUGUCUUCGCUAGAAAGGUCUCAAAGGACAACUGGAAGAAAUUUGGCCGCAGCCUGGACCUGGAGGAGAACGACGUCAUCAUGGCCACGUCAGAUGAUGGCUUCUAUGAGAUGCUCUACAAGUGGUUGAGUAGGGAAGGGUCCAAGUCCUCCGUGAACACGCUGCUGGAGACCCUGGACCGGCUCCACCUUGGCGGGGUGGCAGAGGACAUCUCCUCCACGCUGGUCCAGGAUGGACUUUUUCAGUAUGAAACGAGCUGAAGGGAGCAGAACACACACUGCACCUCCCUCCUUUGAGCUACAGCCAUGAAAUACCUCCCAGAACACUUGAAUUUUAGCUGUUUGUAGCUCUCACGUGGCUUUUCUUGUUUUGAAGCCAUCGGAGUCCAGCUGAACCAGGAGGAGCUGAUCCUCAGCAAAGUACGAUCCUCAGGUUCCUCUGCUGGAGUUACAGUUCAGUGUUGGUGCUUCCUUGUGAAAUCCAAGCUGGUUUUUUGAUUUCACUGGGUCAAUGUAGAAUUUCAAACCAUUUCCAUCUGCCUCUGGGACCAUCUCACUCGGAAGUGCCGGUACUACCUGGUUAUCCUCAGGAUCGCUGCAGAGAAGAGCUUUUGCAGGGGUUUUUCCGUCCUGUGCUUUUUAACUUAACUGCAUCAUCCUUGUUUCUCAAAGGAUUCCUGGCAUCAUGAAAUGGCUUCUUCUUCUAGAACAUCUCUGCAUAAGCUUCAUUCUCCAUGCUUGGUGGUUCUGCAGGCUCAGCUGGAGCCUUGGGUUUCUUUCUGUUGACAAAAUCGUGUUUUACGUGGUUCUGCUUGCUCUUAGGAACCAGUCUGAAACUGGAUUUGGAGGGGAGAGUGGGAAUGAUUGACUUGCACUAUGAUCACUGGGGAAAGGGACAGUGCAGGGGUCACCCAGCCCAGCCCCCUGGCAGGAGCAGGGACAUCUUCCACUCCGCCAGGUUGCUCCAAGCCCCGUCCAGCCUGACCUUGAAUGUUUGCCAGGAUGGGGCAGCUUAUCUGGGCAGCCUUUCUGACGGUGUUUACCCAUCAUCAUUGUGAAACAGUUCUUCCUGAUAUCUAAUUGAAGCCAUUCCUCUAUCCUGGCACUCCAGGCCCUUGUCCAGAGUCCCUCCCCCGCUCUCCUGGAGCCCCUUUAGGGC